GAGGGGGAGAGAGACACACAGAGAAAGAGAGAGGGGUACCGGACUGAAAACAGAUCAGCCUGAAGAUCUCACAACUGCACGUCCAAAUAGCAACCGACAGUAAAAAUAGUCUCUGUCCUUUUUAUCCAUGUUUUAUGGUCUGUAAACGUAUAACCCGUGAGUUUUUUUGUUUGAGGAUGAACGGUUAGAAAACUUUGUAAAUUCGGGAUGAUGGAUUGCAAAAGUUAGCGCGAGACGCAUUAGACGCUGUUGUGAACUAUAUGAAUGAUCUCCGAAAAAUCACUAAGUUGCUUCGAAGUUUUAAAAGUAUACCAUAAAUCGUAUUUUUUCUUUAUAUUUAGUUUCGAUUCAAAAGUAGAUGGAUUUUCUCAUCACGUUCCAGGGGACAUGUUUCUUGCUGCUUUUUGAUCGAGAAAACAUCCCGUAAAUAAAGAGUUUGAGUUCGCCUGAAGAAUCCAGAGUAAAGAUUCAUUGGACGGAAUUGAGAGACAUCGAAGUCAAAUUGCUGCCGUCAGGACACAUCUACUCAAAGGUCUUCUCUCCCCCAGUCAUCGCUGUUCGCCAUGGAGACGUCCACCCAGACUGCCACAGAGAAAAAGGAGUGCAAGAUGUCAGCCUCAGAAGGACCCAGCUUCUCCGACCUCCCCAAGAAGCCCUCUCCGUCCACAUUGGCACGAGCCCCGCACCACAUAUUCCCCACCUUCCACACGCCGAUCCCCAUCGACGUGCGUCACCACGAGGGGAGGUACCAUUACGAGCCGCACGCCCUGCACGCCAUGCACGGGCCUCCGGGAUUAGGCGGGAGCCCUGUCAUCUCGGACAUCUCUCUCAUCAGACUGUCCCCGCACGCCGCAGGCACCGGGGAGUCUCCCUUCAGCCCCCCGCACCCCUACGUGAGCCCGCACAUGGAGCAGUACCUCCGGUCCGUCCACAGCAGCCCCACCCUCUCCAUGAUCUCCGCUGCCCGGGGCCUGAGCCCUGCCGAGCUUACCCACGAGCACUUGAAGGAGCGCGGGCUGUUCGGCUUGCCCCCGCCCCCUCCGGGCUCCAACACGGCGGAGUACUACCACCUGAUGGCCAGCCACCGCAACCCUUACGGAGACCUGCUCAUGCAAACCGGGGCAGCCGCUACCGCCCACCUCCCUGACUACAUCAGCCCUGUGGACGUGUCCCGGUUCCCCAGCCCCAGGCUCACCCCCAGGCUGAGUCGUAAGAGAGCCCUGUCCAUCUCGCCCCUCUCCGACGCCAGCAUCGACCUGCAGACCAUGAUCCGCACCUCGCCCAACUCCCUGGUGGCCUACAUCAACAACUCCCGCGGCAGCUCGGCCGCCAGCAGCUCCUACGGACACCUCUCCGUCGGGGGCAUCAGUCCCUCCUUCACCUUCCCCCACCCCAUCAACCCCAUGGCCUACCAGCAGAUCCUGUCCCAGCAGAGGGGCCUGAGUGCGUUCGGACACACGCCCCCCCUCAUGCAGCCCUCCCCGGCCUUCUCCGCCCGCUCACACCCGCUGGGCAUCUCCGGCCUGCCCACCGCCACCCAGAACCACCACCACGCCGAGUCACACCAGAACGCCGGAGGGGACUCGGCCGUCAGCAGCACCGUCAACCCCAUGAUCACCAAGAGGUCAAAGGUGAAGACGGAGGGGGAGUGUCCGCGGCCUGCUUCCCCCUGCUCACAGGCACAUCUGAGCGGGACUCUUGAUCUGAAGGAGGACUUGGACAAAGACGAGGGCAAGCAGGAGCCUGAGGUGGUGUACGAGACCAACUGCCACUGGGAGGGCUGCAGCAAGGAGUACGACACCCAGGACCAGCUGGUGCAUCACAUCAACAACGAGCACAUCCACGGGGAGAAGAAGGAGUUUGUGUGCCGCUGGGAGGAGUGCUCCCGGGAGCAGAAGCCCUUCAAGGCGCAGUACAUGCUGGUGGUGCACAUGCGGAGGCACACCGGGGAGAAGCCGCACAAGUGCACCUUUGAAGGCUGCUCCAAGGCCUACUCCCGUCUGGAAAACCUGAAGACCCACCUGAGGUCCCACACAGGCGAGAAGCCCUACGUGUGCGAGCACGAGGGCUGCAACAAGGCCUUCUCCAACGCCUCGGACCGGGCCAAGCACCAGAACCGCACUCACUCCAACGAGAAACCGUACGUGUGCAAGAUCCCCGGCUGCACCAAGCGCUACACGGACCCCAGCUCUCUCAGGAAACACGUGAAGACCGUCCACGGCCCCGAAGCGCACGUCACCAAGAAGCAGCGCAACGACGGGCCCCCCAGGCCCCAGGGCCCCAAGGAGAAUGGGGAGAACGAGGCCAGCGCCAAGCUGGGCGGCAGGCACUCGGAGGACAGGCUGGAGGGCAACGCUGCCCUCAGAGGCGUGGAGGACUGUCUGCAGGUCAAAUCCAUAAAGACUGAGAACUCUGUGAUGUAUCAGUCCAGCCCGGGGGGGCAGUCCUCCUGCAGCAGUGAGCCGUCUCCGCUCGGCAGCGCCACCAACAACGACAGUGGAGUAGAGCUGACCAAUCACAGCGGGGGGAGCCUGGGAGACCUGACCGGGCUGGACGACGCCCCCGUGGUGGACUCCACCGUCUCCCCAGGCAGCGGGGGAAUGGCGGCGCUCGGCCUGCAGCUGCACAAGAACGUCGGCGCCCCCUACAGGCUGGAGCACCUCAAGAGGGAGAAGCUGAAAACAGUGAGGGACUCCUGCUCCUGGGCCAACCACACACCUCCGGCCCGGAACCCCAUGCUGCCCCCCAUCCCAGCCACAGGUUCCUUACUGGAGAAUUCAGGUUUCGGGCCCCCCCUCACCGCGUUCCCCUGCCCUGGCGGAGGAGAGCUGCCCUCCGCGGAGGUGACCAUGCUGAACCAGCUGAACGAGCGCAGGGACAGCGGCACCAGCCUGCUCAGCUCGGCCUACACCCUGAGCCGCCGGUCCUCGGGCAUCUCGCCCUGCUGCUCUAGCCGCCGGUCCAGCGAGGCCUCGCACUUCGGCCGGCCCAACGACGUCAGCUCGGCCGACUCGUACGACCCCAUCUCUGCCGACCUGUCGCGCCGCUCCAGCGAAGCCUCGCACUGCGGCGGGGGGUGGGGGGCGCCCCCAGGCCUCCUGAGCCUCACCCCCGCCCAGCACUACCGCCUCAAAGCCAAGUACGCCGCCGCCACGGGGGGCGCCCCGCCGACCCCCCUGCCCAACAUGGACCGCAUGACCCUGGGGGCGCAGGUGGGCACGUUCGGGGACUCCCUGCUGCGUCCGUUCAAUGGGGCCGCGGUCCCCCGCCGCUGCAGCGACCUGGGCUACGGGGCGCCCGGCCUCAUGCCCCACGAGGUCCCCGCCAACGUCCCCCGGCGGGCCAGCGACCCCGUGCGCCGGCUGACCUCCGACCUCCCGCCCCUGCCCCGGGUGCAGCGAUUCGGCAGCAUGGGCAGCGUCAACCCCGCCUUUCCGCCGGCCGGGUCCGUCCUGGAGCGGCGGGGCCUGGCUCCUCAGGGCUACCACGCCCGCUCCGACGGCAGCCUGCACUGCCAUCCCUUCGCGCCCCGCCCGCCCAGCAUCUCCGAGAACGUUGCCAUGGAGACCAUGGCGGACGACGCCGGCGUUCAGGGCGGGGAGGACGAGCUGGUGCUGCCGGAUGACGUGGUGCAGUACUUACGGUCGCAGAACCAGGACGCUAACGCUCCUCCGUACGCUAACCAGCAGCACGGUUUCCGGGGGAACACUACCCCCCAGCAGGCUCAGUUCUACGGGCAGCGGAGGAUGGCUUUGGCGGAUGUCCCUGCCGCUCCCCCGGCUUGCCAGCCGAGCCCCGCUUCCCGGCAGCGCUUCCCGAACAGGACCAGCAUGCCGGUGCAGUGGAACGAGGUGAGCUCGGGAUCUGUGGAACCUCCACAGGUCAAGCAGCCUUACCCCCGGGGAAACCUCGCCCUGGUUCAGCAGAGGCACAACUUUGGGCCCUUCCAGGGCACGACCUCCAACCAGCAGGUGGCGCACAUGAGUCAGAACCUGGCGCAAGCCGCCCAGCAGAGCCGGAACUCGGGCCUGGCGCCUCAGAGGAGCUGCGCCCAGCCCUGUCAGAACCCUGGCAGCUUAGCGGGCCAAGCCCAGAACAGCGGUGUCGCCCCUCGACCCUUCUGCACCAGCGUGGCUGACGGCUCCAUGGGUGUGCUUGCGCCAAGUGGCAGGGGGGUGGUCCAACCUCCCGAAACACAGAACUACAGGUCCAGGACCCACCCCCAGACUGGGGGAAAUCAAAACCAUGUAGUCUCUUUCGAUAAUUACUCCCAAAUGAACUCCAACCAACAAAAUCCGGCCAUACCGUCCCAGAGGUCUGUCCAAAACGGGUACCAAGGACUAAUUCAGCCGAGGCCGCCCAUGGAGCCCAAAUCCCUGAGCAGGCAGCAUUCGGGGGCCUUCCCCCAGUCCAACUUCAGCCCCAGUUACGGCACCUCGGAAGCCACCCCCAAGCGACCGAACGGCUCCGGUCACCCAGCCGGGGACGAGGACGCCAUGUUCUACACGGGGCAGAUCCACAUGUUCGAACCCAGCUUUGACCCUCAGCCGCCCCACAGCGCCCCCUGCCCCUCAGAAGAGGUCACGCCCACGGCCGUGGCCAUGGCGUCCCCGGGGGCGGGGCAGGUGUCCAGCACCUCCCAGCGUCUCGAGCACCCGCAGAUCGACUUCGACUCCAUGCUGGACGACGGGGACCACUCCAGCCUCAUGUCGGGGACCCUCAGCCCCAGCGUCCUCCAGAGCCUAUCCCAGAAUUCCUCCCGGCUCACCACCCCUCGCAACUCGGUGACCCUGCUACCGCCGGUUCCGGCCGGGAUGGGCAACAUGGCCAUCGGGGACAUGACCUCCAUGCUGACGGCUCUGGCCGAGGAGAGCAGGUUUCUCAACCUGAUGUCUUAGAGGCCACGUCAUAGCAAGCCGUUCCUACACGGCCUGAAUCACUAGCAGCUAGACUCUUCCGGGCCUUUCUACGGCAUCUGGUUCAGGUUAUCGGUCAUGCGGCCGGAUCAUCGCACACAGCUCCCGUCAUGCCACUGUUUUUCCGUUGUCCAAUCAGACGUGAUUUGUGACUCGCUGAGCAACUCCUCGUGUUCCUGCUGAUUUCGCCCACCGGUUUUGGUUUAAGAUCUGACAAACCCAACGCACUUGUGCCUGUGUUUACUUACAUGUGUCAUAUAAGAUAAAAGGGCAUGGUGUCUCAUUUGGGUUAUGAAAAUACAUCUUUUGUGAUUUAAACUGGAUUUGAUUUGCUUGUGAAUCUUAUGUCAUGGUGCAAUUGCAUGCGAUAACCCUGCACACCAUCUGUUUGUGUGUGUGUGUGUGUGUGUGUGGAACAUGCAGGAACAGCUUCAUGGAACAUAGGCUUUUUGGAGUGUGGGGUCCUAAGAUCAAAUGGCAUGCUCGGUGUCUCUCUCUCUCUCUCUCUCUCCCUCUCUCUCUCACUCGGUCUAUCUCUGUGUCUCUCUGUCUGCCUCCCUCUCUUUCCCUCUCCUUCCCUCUCCCUCUCUCUCUCUCUCUCUCUCUAAUGAGGAAGAACACAGGUCUUUUCUGCAAACAGAAUAAAAGCACUGACCUCAGCCAGGAUUAUAGGGACUCAGUUCAGGAGAAAUCGGGCAGAAGCUACACACUGAAACACGUGUAGUUUCCACUCGUUUUCCCGCGAUAUGUAUAUUACAGUGUAAAGAAAUAUUAUUAGGCAAGAGAUUGAGUAGGCAGUUUUCUUUCUGUUAAAAUAAGCCAUACUUCCAGCAAAAGGUUAGAGCAGGGUAUAAACAGGCCACUGUUCAGUGUGUGGAGUCGCCCUUUAGAGACAGUGUACUGAACCAAGUUUACUAAGUGCCUUGAGAUACUGAAUAAUAGCGUAAACAUAUGAACACUUCAAGCAGACAUGUAACAUAUAUGAACCCAGGUAAAAGAUUUAAAAAAUAUACAGAUAUUUAGAAAACUUUACAUUCUUUAUUAACUUCCUGUUUAAUAAUAUACAUGGUAUGUUCUGUCAUUUAUGUUUAUGACUUGAUUACAGUGGUUUAUUUUUGGUUUUUUUGCAAAGUUGCUUGUAUGCAACUGCCACCGGGGCGAAAGGGCACGCAGGCACACACAGUGACAGCGCACGGCAUUACAGAGCCUCGGAGAAGCCAAUGCGCUGUGUUGCAGUGAGUCGCAUCAGCUGGGCCUGUCUGUCAAAUGAUAUCUCAUGACUGAGAUGACUGAAGAGAACAGCCACAUAUCUCAGUACCAGCCUGGCAAUUCAAGCAGGAACUGCAACUGGAAGCCCUGUGCCCCGACACAGAUUAUGUUCAAAGGAAUAUGCAAGUACUCAAAAUGCACUCUGUGAAGACUGAAAGGCAAUUACACGAGUGGAUGACGAACUGAGAAUGCUUACAAAAAAGAUUCUGCCCUUCAAAAGACUGGCAACCAGAGGAACUUUUCAAUGACGGUGUAAUAACAACACUCUUUUUCCUUUGUUCGUUGGAAUUAAAGCUGUCUUUUGUACCUGCUACCAUGCACCUCUGCUGUGCUGGGUGUGUAUAUAGCUUUUGUACAUUUUAUAAAAUACAGUAUGGUUUUUUGUUACCGA